UUUAUUGAUCGUUAUAAUCAUCAUCAUUAUGAUGAUAAUUCAAUAUCGCCACGAUCAUCAUCACCAGUAUCACAAUAUUCAUCAACAACAACAACAAAACGUAAACAAUUGGAUAAAAGUAAAUUAAAAUAUAUUGAAAUUGGUGGUCUAUUUCCAAUGAAUGGUACGACUGGUUGGAUUGGUGGACAAGGUUGUCUACCGGCAGCAAUGAUGGCAUUAGAAGAUGUUAAUAAUAAUGAAAAUUUAUUAUCCGGUUAUUAUUUAAAUAUCACAUGGAAUAAUAGUCAGUGUGAUCCAGGUUUAAGUUCAGCCGUUCUAUAUGAUCUAAUCUAUACACCACCAAAUAAAACAUUAAUAUUAGGUGGUUGUUCGAUUGUUUGUUCAACAAUAGCCGAAACGGCAAAAAUGUAUAAUCUAAUUGUUAUUGGUUAUGGUUCAAGUUCACCAGCUUUGUCUGAUCGAAAACGUUUUCCAACAUUUUUUCGUACACAUCCAUCAGCAACAAUACAUAAUCCAACAAGAGUAAAAUUAUUUAAAAAAUUUAAAUGGACAAGAAUAGCUAUAAUAAUUGAAGCGGAAGAAGUAUUUGUAACUACCGGAAAAGAUUUAGAGAUUAAAUGUAAAGAAGCUGAUAUUGAAAUAGUAACAAGAGUAUCGUUUCUUGAUGAUCCAACCGAAGCGGUUAAAAGUUUAGCUCGACAAGAUGCAAGAAUUAUUGUCGCAAUGGCAUAUGGUGGUGCAGCAAGAAAAAUGAUGUGUGAAGCAUAUAAAAAUGGUCUUUAUGGUAAACAACAUGUUUGGUUUUUAAUCGGUUGGUAUGAAGAUAAUUGGUUUCAUCCAUCAUCCGGUAUUAAUUGUACAAUGGAUGAAAUGUUGGCUGUUGUUGAAAAACAUUUUACAACUGAAGCAUUAAUGUUAAAUCAAGGACCAGAGAUUACAAUUGCUGGAAUGACAGCCAAAGAUUGGCUACAUGAAUAUCAAAAACAAUUACCAAAAUAUAAAGAAUGGUUUCCACAUGGUGAAAAACCACAAGAAGGUUUUCAAGAAGCACCAUUAGCAUAUGAUGCAAUAUGGGCUGUUGCAUUUGCAUUAAAUCGUUCAAUAGCCAGAUUGAAUGAAUUAGGAAUGUCAUUGGAUGAUUUUGAUUAUGAAAAAAAAGAAAUAACUGAUAUUAUUAAAUCAGAAUUACAACGUGUACAAUUUUUAGGUGUUUCAGGCGAUGUUGCAUUCAACGAUAUUGGUGAUCGUAUUUCAUGGACAUUAAUCGAACAAAUGAUCAAUGGUACAUAUCAAACAUUAGGUUUUUAUGAUACAGCAACCGAUAAUCUAACAUGGUUAGAUCGUGAACAAUGGUAUAUAAAUGGUCGUGUACCAAAAGAUCGUACAGAAAUUGUACCAACAUUAAUGACUGUAAAUCGUACAUUAUUUGUAUCGAUAAGUGCUGUUGCUAUUAUUGGUAUUUUAUUUGCUAUUUCAUUACUUUGUUUUAAUUAUAAAUAUAGUAAUAAUAGAUUUAUUCAAAUGUCAAGUCCAUCAUCGAAUAAUAUAAUGUUAGUUGGUUGUAUAUUUUGUUUAAUUUCGGUACAAUUAUUCGGUUUAGAUGGCCAAGAUAUUGGUAUUGAUUAUUUUGAAGUUGUUUGUAAUUCGAGAGCAUUCUUUCUAUCCAUUGGAUUUUCAUUAUUUUUCGGUGCAAUGUUUGCAAAAAUAUGGACAUGUCAUGUAUUGCAUACACAGAAUAAACGAAAGAUUAACAAUAAUCAAAGCUAUCUGAUUAUAACCGUAUUCUGUACGUUGGAUUUAAUAAUUUUAGUUAUUUGGUAUAUUUAUGAUCCAAUGUCAAGACGUAUGGAAUAUUUUCCAUUAGAAGAUCCACCAUCAACUAUUGAUGAUGAUGUUAAGUUUCAACCAUUAUUAGAACAUUGUGAAGCAAGUUUAAUUUGGUAUGGUUUAUUAUAUGGCUAUAAAGGUUUGGUAUUGUGUUUUGGUCUAUUUUUAUCAUAUGAAACAAGAAGUGCCAAAUUAAAACAAAUUAAUGAUUCAAGACUUGUUGCAAUGAGUAUUUAUAAUGUUGUGAUAUUAUGUUUAAUAACUGGACCAGUAUCAUUAGUUAUUGAUAAUCAAGUUAAUUCACAUUUUGCAUUCAUUGGCCUGACAAUAAUAUUCUGUUGUAUAUUAUCGAUGGCAUUGAUUUUUGUACCGAAAAUUGUUGCCAUUGUACAACAUCAACAGAAUUUAGGUUCAGGUAUGAAUAAUGCAUUUCAUGAAACAAUGUCAACAAAAGAAGAAGAAGAAAGAUUUAUUCGAUUGAAUAGUGAAAAUGAUGAAUUAAAAUCAAAAAUUUCUGAAAAAGAAAGACAAAUUGAAGAAGUUAAAAAGAAAAUUGAACAAUUAACUAAAGAACAAAUGGAACGUAAACGUUUAGAGGAAAAAGAUAAAACACAAGUAAAAACAAUAUUGAAAAAAGCUGUUCGGAUACAGGAACCAGAUAUGGAAAAUCAUCAUCAAAUAUUGACAAAUACAAAUGAUAUAAAUAUGGAUAUGACCAGUGAUUCUGGAUUUCAAACAUCAACAGCAACAGCAAAAACAUCAAAAUUAUCGGAAAAUGAUUUCAGUGAAUCAUAUUUAUAGAUCAAAUUAUA